CUUGUAGCUAGUAGCAUAAACAGCGUCGAAGCAGUGGGAUAUCAUCUCGCAGGUUUCUAGCAUUUUCCAUUCCCUCCCCCCUUCCCGGUUUGUAUUUCAGACAGGAGAUCAUUUGACUGGAUUUGCUAUAUUAAGCUUCAAAGGAAACUCUGAAAACGUAUAAAUCUCACUAUUUUGCAAACGCCAGCUAAGCUUAACGUUAUACAAACGCGGUCACACGCUGAUGGCGGUCACGGUAGAGGAGCUGUAUCGAAACUAUGGGAUCCUUGCAGACGCCAAGGAUAACUUGAGUCCGCACAAAGAUGCAUACCAAGUGAUCCUGGAUGGGGUGAAGGGGGGCCCAAAAGAGAAACGCCUGGCUGCCCAGUUCAUCCCGAAAUUCUUCAGCAGUUUCCCUGAGCUGGCUGAUGCUGCCAUCAACGCACAGCUUGACUUAUGUGAAGAUGAAGAUGUCUCAAUCCGGAGGCAGGCAAUAAAGGAACUCCCUAGAUUUGCUGCAGGAGAGAACCUUCCUAGAGUGGCAGAUAUCCUGACACAGCUUCUGCAAACAGACGAUUCAGCUGAGUUUAACCAAGUCAAUACAGCGUUGAUCUCCAUAUUUAAGAUUGAUGCCAAAGGUACUCUGGGAGGUUUGUUCAGCCAAAUACUGCAUGGAGAGGACAUUGUGCGGGAGCGGGCUAUUAAGUUUAUUGCUGGCAAACUCAAGACAAUGCCUGAAGAUGUUAUGACAAAAGAGGUUGAAGACCACGUGUAUGCUGAAACCAAGAAAGUGCUGGAGGACGUGACUGGAGAGGAGUUUGUGCUGCUGAUGCGCAUUCUGUCUGGGCUGAAGAAUCUGCAGACGGUCAGCGGGCGACAGCAGCUGGUCGAGCUGGUGGUGGAGCAGGCGUUCCUAGAGCAGGCGCUUAACCCAGCCGACAACGACGCCGUAGACCGCCUGCUGCAGUGCACGCGCCAGGCCCUGCCCCUGUUCUCUAAAAAUGUCCAUUCCACGCGAUUUGUGACUUAUUUUUGUGACCACGUCCUGCCAAAUCUCAGCACGUUGACUAGCCCGGUGCCGGAACAGGAUAUCCAACUUGAGGUUUUGAAGUUGUUGGCAGAGAUGAGUCCGUUUUGUGGAGAUAUGGAGAAGCUGGAAAGCAACCUCAAGAUGUUGUUCGAGAAACUCCUGGAAUAUAUGCCUCUGCCCCCAGAGGAGGGGGAGAAUGGAGAGAAUGCCGCCAACGAGGAACCCAAGCUGCAGUUCAGCUAUGUGGAGUGCCUCCUGUUCAGCUUCCACCAGCUUGGCAAGAAGAUGCCAGACUUCCUCAUUGACAAAAUCGAUGCAGACAAGUUGAAAGAUUUCAAAAUCAGGUUGCAGUACUUUGCAAGAGGACUGCAGGUGUACAUUCGUCAGCUCAGAGUUGCACUGCAGGGCAAGACGGGAGAGGCGCUUAAAACGGAUGAGAACAAAAUCAAAGUGGUGGCUUUGAAAAUUACUAACAACAUCAACGUCCUUAUCAAGGAUCUCUUCCACAAUCCUCCCUCCUACAAGAGCACUGUGAGCCUGUCCUGGAAGCCUGUGCAGAAGGAGGCUGCAGUAGUCGGUCAGAAACGGCCGUCUGGGGAGGAUGAUGGCCCUGGCGCCGCCAUGAAGAAGCUCCCGUCAACGCUUCCUAGGAGAGACGCCCGGCAGAUCUACAAUCCCCCUAGGGACAAAUACAGUGGUACCAUCGGCAACUUCCCAAACGAACAGCGCGGAGGUUUCCGAGGAGGUAGGGGCCGAGGCUUUGGUGGCAGGGGCAACCGGAGCCGAGGCAGGAUCUACUGAGCGGUGAAGGACUGUCUGUUACCACACGGACACAUACACACGAACUGAGGCAUAAGAAGACCGUUGGUGCACUGAGCUUGUUUAUCACCUCAGUGCCAUUGUGUAGUCAACAGCGCGAUUUUAAGUCCUAUUUUUGUUCUUUCCGAGAGAAUUUUUGGUCCCUUCCAGAGAAUGAUCCGCAUCAUAUUUUGUUGUAGGUUUUUUUUUUCCUUCUUUGCCUGACCUUUUUUGUGGAACAAGGACUGCCAACUUGUACUUUAAUAUUUUGUGUUUGAUGGAGAAAAAAAUGAUUGUUUUACAAAAUGAUGACUUACAUUGUACCUUUUUUAUUUAACCUUUUAAUUUUUUGUAGAGAUUCAUGUUUGAUGUAGAGAAACCUGUUGCAAGUUUGUAAAAUCCUGAUAAUGUUUUUCAUCUGAAUUUUUAUCAUAAACUUGUCUUUGAAGUCA